AUGUAUAUUCAACAGGCCUACAUUCAACAGCUAGAGUCAAGUAGGGUUAGGUUAAUCCAGCUUGAACAAGAUCUCCAAAGAGCAAGAUCUACUCAGGGCACGCUCUUGAGCGGCAUAGCGGCCGUCGUCGGAGACCAAGGACUUGCAAAUAGUACUAGUAGUUGCACCGGCACCAGCUCAGAGGCGGCGAUGUUCGACGUGGAGUACAGGAGAUGGCUGGAGGAGCAUCACAAGCUGAUGCUUCAGCUGCGGGCUGCGGUGUGCAAGUAGCUGAUUAUCCAUGGACUAAUAUUUCUUGUCAAGGUUUUCAGAACAGCUGGAGCUGCGAAAAUUGAAGUGGGAAGCAAGAGUUUCAAACAUGCGGUGUUUGUUAUUUUUUCGCUACAUUUUGAACAAGUGUUUUUUGUUAGAACUUAUGUUUGAAAUUUAAUUUGAAUACUGAGAUUGUAAUUUGAGAAU